AUGUCAGGAUCUGGUGGGUCACAUCGCAUCCUGCUGCUGGCGCUGGACAGCUCCGUGGACACCUGGACAGGUGAAGACCCUCACAGUGUGUGCGGAGGUGGUCAAACGUGUGUGCAAUCACAACUCGAUGACAAAGUGUUUCCACGACAUGGAGUCCCAGACCAACUCCAGCAGCCGUGGGACAGCCUGCCAGCUUCUGGGACAACUCCACGGAGUGCUGGACAGACAGCAACGCCACCUGGCAGCAACAACAUCAACAGCAUCAGGAGCAGCAGCAACGAAACAUCGUCUUCAUCCACCGACCCCAGCCUGGUCUCCAACUGGACCGACGCCGACCUCUGGGCCGAGAACGAGGCCAUCGCCCGCAAGUUAGUCCCGGCCAUGGUCUUCGUGGGGGCGCUGAUGCUGGUGGGCAUUGUGGGCAACUCGCUGGUGGUCUACGUGUACGCAUGGCGGGUCAAGCCCACCACGCAGUACUUUCUCAUCCUGUGCCUGGCGUGCUCAGACCUUCUCAUCUGCCUGAUCCCCAUGCCAACCGAGAUCGCCGACAUGCGCUAUCACCUCACCUUCUCCUCCCCCGAAGCCUGUCGUCUGCUCCGCUUCAUCAACCUCCUGAGCUUUGUCUUCUCCAUCUUCAUCCUCCUGGUCAUCGCCGUGGACCGCUACCGCCGGGUAUGCCGUCCCAUCGGCCGCCAGAUGACGCUGAGAGAAGCCCGCUGGGGGGCGGUCGUGUCCGCCGUGAUGGCGUUGGUGAUGGCCUGGCCCAUGCUGGUGUUGACGGGGCUCCGAACUACGAUCACGCGCUUGCCGGGGCUGUAUGGUCGCGACUGUUCCUUUUCCGAUGACUUCCACAACACGCCGUACCCGCUCGCGCUCAACGUCGCGUUGGGGGUGGGAUUCCUGAUCAUGACCUUUACCCUCGCUGUCUUGUAUUUCCAUAUUUGGUAUCAUGCCAGGGGCAUCCGUCCUUUCGCCAGCAGAGACCACGACCACCAGAUUCCUCCACGGACAGCGUCAACCGCAGCAGCAGCAACGACACCAGUUCCCCGACACGGAGACUGGCAGUCGCGAUUCUGUCUUCACCUUGCAGAGGACCUCAAGUCUGAGCCAACUCCGACUUCAACCUCGACCUCGGAGUAUGAGCGGCAGAGCGGUGGACAAGACGACCAUCGUAGCCUUCACCGUGACUCUGGUCUUCGUCUUCAGUUUCCUGCCCUACCUGAUCAUAAUGUUCCUGAGAUCCUUGAUGGACGACUUCGACUACAGCAGGCGCGACACGGCGGUUGUGAACGUCUACAACAUCUUCCUGCGGUUCUACUUCAUCAACUCCGCCGCCAACCCCAUCAUCUACGGCGCUCUCAGCGCGCGCUUCCGGAGCGAGUGUCGCGUGAUCUUUGAGCGACUGAAAUGUGUGGUCGUCAGCAGGGGACGUUCGCAGUCUACUCGAGCUCAUAAGCAGAACAGAUAAGGGGUGAAAAAAAAAGGAUGAAAAAAAAAGGGAAGACUGAAGAGAAAAGGAAAAAAUUAAGGGAAAAGA